UCAUACAAAAUGGCGAACAUGUCUCCAACGAAAUCAGCUAUCCAGUCUGUUUUUAAGCGUUUGCGGGCCUUACCUAAUAAUAAGGUGUGCUUUGAUUGUGGUACAAACAACCCGACAUGGGCAACAGUCACCUACGGGGUGUUCAUCUGUAUCGACUGCUCGGCCAUUCACCGGUCACUCGGCGUCCACCUGUCCUUUGUCCGGUCAACACAGCUCGACACUAACUGGACAUGGCUGCAGCUGAGAGCAAUGCAGGUCGGAGGAAAUGCCAAUGCGACUGCAUUCUUCACGCAACACAACUGCACGACUAAGGACUCAAAGCAGAAGUACUCGAGUAGAACAGCACAGCUCUACAAGGAUAAGGUGCACCAUCUCGCCUCACAGGCCAUGAGGCUUCACGGAACCCAGUUGAACAUAGACAGUCACCACGAGCCAACAUCUCCCGAACAGAAGGAGAUAGAUUUCUUCUCACAGCACGCCGAAAAUGAGGGGGACAGUCUAAAGAACGGCAUUUCCACCAUACCACAGCCAAUCAAGAAUGGGCAAGCCUUGUCGCAAACAACAAACCCAACGGAGGGCCCCAGUGUGCAGGCAGCACUAAGCAUCUCUCCAACGCAAGCGCUUGCAAAAGCUGAACCAAGAAAGUCAACCAUUGGCGCUCGCAAACCAGCAAGCAAGUCGGGAUUGGGGGCCAGAAAGGGAGGGUUCGGAGCUCAGAAGGUGAAGACAGAUUUCUCCAAACUGGAGAAACAGGCGCAGUUGGCAGACGAACAAAAAGCUGCGUCGUCCAUGUCCGUUACUACGGAAACCAGAAGCAAAGAAGAAGAAGAAGCGCAGGGUGCAUCCAUGAGACUCGUCUACCAAGAUAUAAGCAUGGAGAGGAAGAAACAAGAACACAAGAUGAAGCAGACUGAUCCAAAGAAGGCUGAACAGAUGGAGAGACUGGGCAUGGGUGGACUGGGUGCUCCCAAGGGUGUGAGUCAUUCUGCCAUCUCUGACAUGAAGGUCAUAGAACAGGAGACUCCCAUCUCCCAGCAGCGAGUCGCGGGACGAUCUCGCGGUCGCUGCGACAGCGACGAUCAAGACUUUGAGGUGCUAUCCUUUUCAUCCGGUCCACCAAAGUACAAUGAUAACCCAUUCUCUAGCAGUAGAGGGCGCUACACUCUAGAAGAUGACCUGUACGGGCCGAAGAAAGAGAGUCGGUUCAACAGUAAGGCCGACUCCUGGGAGACGGAGGAGAAGCCAAGGUCCGGAUCAUUCUUUGAUGAAGCCAUUCCUAAACCGGAACGUGACACUGAGGCCAGGUCGGGCAGGAAUCGUAAGUCCGUGGAUCCUGUGAAUGACAGCGGUACAGCGCAGAAGAAAUUUGGUGGUGCCAAGUCCAUAUCAUCUGACCAGUACUUUGCAGAUGAUAAUAACAUGAAUUGGGAACGUAGGCAGAACCUGCAGAGGUUUGAAGGCAGCAAGGGCAUCUCGAGCGCGGACUACUUCGACGACGGCCGCACGCCCACCAAGCAACGCGCGUCGUACGACUACGGCAACAUGGCGCCCGAUAUCUCGGGGCUCAAGGACGGAAUGAAGGACGGUGUGACCAAGAUGGCGGGAAGACUGUCGACGAUGGCAAACAGCGUCGUUAAUACCAUACAGGACCGCUACAGUUAAUUGAAAAUGCCAGUAGAGGGCACUAGUAGCCUGUGGAAGGUCAGAGGAACAUAGGAGGAAGAGACGUGUUGGUAAAAUCUCGCUGUCAACCACAUAACGUGUGCGACCGGACACAGUUCGGGACAACUAUUGGCUCACCAGGGUCGUAACAGUAAACUGUUAAUCCAAGAAACAGUUCUUCCUAGGACCAUUUAUAUCAGUAUCUUAGCUGUAACUUGAUAGGUGUUUGUUUGUGUAACAGUGACUACGUUGACGAGUAACAACAGGUUACUGACAUCAUUCAAACAUGGGUUUUUGGUGGCUUUAGCUCGAAUAUUGUCUUCUAUCAGAGUAAUUUGGGGGCAACUUGCCCGUAGUGAUGUAACGUUUGUACAGAGAAGUAAAUAGAAGCUCAUUUAUAAUGGUCACUCAAUAACUAGGUCCGGUGAUGCUUUUCGGCGCUAUCAGUGCCAUCUGCCUGUGAUCAGCGAGCGUUUUCACUGUCGUAUCCAUGGUGAUCGUGAUGUCUGGUGUCGCGAUAACGCGACAGGCACUAUAGUUCCCACGUAUUUUCCUAUUCGGAAAUGUCCUGUUCACGUCACCAUGACAGCAGACGAUUCGAUGAUGACACGUGACAAUGUGUGAUUCAGUGAUGUCACGUGACGAAGCGCGAUUCAGUGUCACGCGACGUACACGUGAUUCGAUGACGUCAUAUGACGAUACGCCCCCGCGCGUUUGCAAGUGUAAUUUUUCUUCAGCGAGACUAUGAGUGGGAAGAGUUGGUUGGCGGUUUAGUUGGCACUGCGCCAACGCAUGUUGUCCUUCACCCGCCCACCCACCGAUGUACUAACCUCCGCCGCUCUUGUGAUCGCGAUAUCUCAUUCUCGAUCUUCGUGACGACGCGUCGUGUCCGACGGGUAUUCGACGGCGUGUAGAUUUCGCGUAGUGGUGCCUGCGUAUCUGUGAGGUGUACCUGUAACAGGUGGGACUGUCACUGCUGUGGCCCUGCAUUGCCACAUAUAUGAAACCCUCUAAUCCUGACAGCAUCAGGAAAGGGAAAAUCUAAGGUUUGGCGGUCAUCCGUGUGUAUGCUUCAACAAAUUUAACGCGAAUUGCGUCGCGAUUGGCUCAGCGUGUGAGCGACUAGACACGGGUGCAGACCCCCGUAAGUAUUUACAACUUGAGCUGUCUAAGUAAUCGGGUUUUUUUUCGUUGAACUGGUUGGCCGCCAGACCAUGAAUUUACCGGUUAAUUACCGGUACUCCUUAUCGACAAGUUUUUCGUGUACUCCUGUUAUUUUUGUUGUUAUUAUGAGAGGAUAUAAUUUAUUUCUUUUUGGGGUAUUAGAAGUGGUGAGGGAUUGGCACGGUGUGGUGGUUCUAUUGUUGUUUACUAAUCAAUUAUUAAUGUGUUGUUAUUAUUUGGCAAUUAGGACUGAAUGAUUUGUAAUAUUUGAAAUGUAUCGGAUUAAUAAAUGUGGGACAAUGAUGUUGCGAAAUGUAAAAAUGUGAUUAUAUAUUUGUCAAUUAUUGCGUAAGAUAAUACUAUCAUCGGUCAAGGACUCAAGAUUAAUCUUGAUAUGGUAAAAUAUCAUAUGCAUCAUUAUUAUUGACCGUUUUGCUAAAAAUUGCGAAAAAAAAAAUAAAGAUGGUAAUAGGAUUA